AUGUUUCUGAUUGAAGUUUCGACCCUUCUGAGCGUCUGUGGCGUUUUUGUCAUCGUCAACGCUGUCCAGAUGCCGGCGAACGACGUGGAGGACGAAAAGGAAGCAGAAGUUAAAGCUCUGGCCUUGCACCGAACGGACACGCUGAACAUCUUACUCUAUACAUUCCUUUUGCUCAUAACGGUACUGACGAUUUGGAAGCUGAAGUACGGCAAAAAUCGGUGCAUUCCCUUCAUGCACGAAACUGGCCUAACGCUUUUCUACGGUAAGUGUAUCGAGGGUCGAGGAAUGUUAGUCGGCGCGAUCAUUAAAUUCGUGACGAAGGGUGCAUCGAACCUCAGUCAAACCGUGUCUGUGCAACCAGUCAAUCGAUCCCUCAAGCUCGAUCUGCCUCCUGACUAUCUUCGAUUCAUUUUCCGCCGCACCGACCGCCACCUGAACAAGUCAUCGACGUUCAUGUACCGCUUCGACGGCAACGUUCAAGGCGAAUCAGUGAACUUGAUCAAAGAAAUUGCCACUUUCGAUCCGGAAAUAUUUUUCAAUAUCCUUCUGCCGCCUAUCAUUUUCAACGCUGGUUACAGCCUGAAACGAGGCAACUUCUUUCGUAAUAUCGGAUCGAUACUUACAUAUGCUGUAGUCGGUACAACGGUGUCCUGCUUCCUGACGGGAGUCAUUGUGUACGGCGUCACUAUCCUCACAAGGGUGCCAUUUGCUUUGAAUGAAGCUUUUCUUUUCGGGGCCGUCAUUUCUGCGACGGAUCCAGUGACCGUACUUGCGAUAUUUAAUGACCUCAAAGUGGAUGUCGAUCUCUUCGCUCUUGUUUUCGGAGAAAGCGCGCUGAACGACGCCGUUGCCAUCGUACUUUGCAAAACGAUCGAAAACUACUCCCCUUCCGGUGCAGACGGUGAACACUGGUUCGACGGCCACGCGUUUCUGUCCAGCUGCGGAAGCUUCUUUGCUGUGUUUUUCGGUUCGCUCGGCAUCGGCGCGCUCUUUGGCUGUGUAACCGCUCUUUUCACAAAGUUUACUCGCAUCUCCAAGUCGACCCUGCUCGAAACCAUUCUAUUCAUAUUGAUGAGCUACGCGUCGUUUCUCGUGUCUGAGUCUGCGGGAAUGACAGGCAUUGUCAGUGUGCUGUUUUGUGGCAUUUGCCAGGCGCAUUACACGUACAAUAACCUGUCUAAGUGUUCACAAGUCCGAACAAAGCAGUUUUUCGAAGUACUGAAUUUUCUGUCAGAGAAUUUUAUUUUUACUUACAUCGGCGUCUCGCUGCUGACCUCUCAGUCCCACAGUUUUAACUACUGGUUUCUCAUGGGGGCAUUUAUUGGAAUUUUCGUCAGCAGAGCUGCAUUUGUGUACUUGUUGACCUACUUGCUUAAUGUGACUAGAAGACCCAGGAUUCCGAUGAAUCACCAGCACAUGAUUCUUUUCUCUGGUAAAUGA